UAAAAACCCCGCGAACUGCGGUUUCAGUUGUCUAUUGCACACUCAGUUACAGUCAGUUAUUCCAGGUAUUCUCUUUGUUUUCAGGAAAAGAAAACUAAGUAGAAGAUCAUGGCAAGUCCUGACUGGGGAUAUGAUGGUGAAAACGGUCCUGAACACUGGGGCAAGCUGUACCCCAUCGCAAAUGGAAAUAACCAAUCUCCUAUCGACAUUAAAACCAGUGAAACCAAGCAUGAUCCCUCUCUAAAACCCCUCAGUGUCUCCUACAAUCCAGCCACAGCCAAAGAAAUCGUCAACGUGGGACAUUCCUUUCAUGUAAACUUUGAGGACAGUGAUAAUAGAUCAGUGCUGAAAGGGGGUCCUCUAUCUGAAAGCUACAGGCUGCGGCAGUUCCAUUUUCACUGGGGCGUCACAGAUGACUGUGGCUCUGAGCACUUAGUGGAUGGAGCCAAAUUUUCUGCAGAGCUUCAUUUAGUUCACUGGAAUUCUGCCAAGUACCCCAGCUUCGCUGAUGCCGCCUCGCAGGCUGAUGGUUUGGCAUUGAUUGGCGUUUUGGUGAAGGUGGGUCAGGCCAACCCAAACCUUCAGAAAGUUCUUGAUGCCCUAAAAGCAGUUAAAAAUAAGAACAAGAAAGCUCCAUUCACAAAUUUCGACCCCUCUGUCCUCCUGCCUCCAUCCCUGGAUUACUGGGCCUACUCUGGUUCACUGACUCACCCUCCUCUUCACGAGAGUGUCACCUGGAUCAUCUUUAAAGAGACCAUCAGUGCGAGCUCGGAACAGCUGGCGCAGUUCCGCUGUCUGCUAGCAAGUGCUGAAGGCGAUGGAGAACUCUGCAUCAAGCAGAACCACCGACCACCCCAGCCUCUGAAGGGCAGGACAGUGAAAGCCUCAUUCUGAUGGGCCCAGGAGGAAGCUCAUCGUCCUUCAAGAAGCACAGCUCUGCUUCUGACAUAAUCCAACAAAACAAGCUUUAAAAACACAUUUAUUUCAAUAUUAGCAAGACAGCCUGCUUGCGAAUUUACUCUGCAGAAUGCAAAAUCUUUUUCUUCUUUCUGUUGAACUCAAAUAGUAAUCUGGAAGUUCACUAAACUUGUGCUUAAAUUCAAAUCUAUUGCAUUGACUUCCUUAUCAUUGCAAUUAAGGCAUACUUGAUUUCUUAACGACUUUUAUCCCUUCCCAUUUUAUUCCGUUUAAUUGGACCAAAAAGCAUUUUAUCCCUUUCUUCUUGUCUAUUACAUACUAUACUUUUAAAUGGCAUUGGGUUUCUACUCCGUUUACAUUCGAGAAUCUUAAAUGCUUUCAUUUGCAACAUUAUUCUGAUGCAAUAUCAUGUCUAUUACUCAAAUAUAAUGCCCUAAGAGCAGCUUGAGAUGAAAUGUUAAGAAUUCAUUUGCUUACUCUUGAAGACAAAUAUGCAGCUAAGAUGACAACUGGAUUUUAUAUUAUGAUAAAAUAAAUGGCCCAACAUUGCUA